CCCCUCCUCUCCUGGUCUCUUCCAGAUGAGACGCCUCCCUCCCUCCCUCCGCCCCUCUGAUCCUCUUAUCAGCGAGUAAGCGCCCAAGAUGGACGUUGUAAACCAGUUGGUGGCCCAAGGGCAAUUCACAAUAAUCAAACAACCUCUGGGAUUUAUAAAAAUUCUUCAAUGGAUCUUUGCAAUCUUCGCCUUCUCAACAUGUGGAAGUUACUCCGGCAUGUUCAAGAUGAGCGUGGAGUGUAAAAACCGGUCGGAGAGUGAUCUAGACAUAGACGUAGAAUUCGAAUAUCCCUUCAGGCUCCAUCAGGUUUACUUUGAUGCCCCCACCUGUAAGGGAGGGAACCCCGAACGUCUGUUCCUGGUGGGAGACUACUCCUCCUCGGCGGAGUUCUUUGUCACCAUCGCUGUCUUCUCCUUCCUGUACUCUAUGGCGGCCCUCUCUGUGUACUGCUUCGUACUGGAGAAGUACCGCGAAAACUGCAAGGGGCCUCAAAUUGACUUUGUGAUUUCGUCGGUAUUUGCCUUUAUGUGGCUGGUGUCGGCAUGUGCUUGGGCUAAAGGCUUGUCAGAUGUGAAAACAGCCACUGAUCCAGAGAGGGUCAUCACUCUUAUCACAGCCUGUGAUGAACAGGAGAACCGCUGCCGUGAGAUAUACAACCCCAAGGUCUCUGGACUCAACACCUCUGUGGCUUUUGGCUUCAUCAACCUGAUCCUGUGGAUAGGAAACCUGUGGUUUGUCUUCAAGGAGACUGGCUGGCUGGCUGCCUUCGGUGGAACAUACGUCCCAUCGCAGGAGAAGCAGCCUGCCCCCGAUUCCUUUGGCCAGGCAGGAUAUGGUCAGCAGGACCCCUACGCCGGCUCCCAGGGAGGGUACCAGCCAGAAUACGGCCAGCAGGGCGGCUACAGUGAGGACGGAGGUUACAGCCAGGGCUAUGAGCAGCAGCAGCAGCCCACCUCCUUCGCCAAUCAAAUGUGAGCCUGCCCAGCCAAACUACAGCUGCAACUGCAGGAUGGGUGACCUUGUGAUUUCGGACGGUGGCUCUCGACGACCACCUGUGUUUCCACACUCCUCUGUGUGUCUGUUUGUGUAUCUGUGAGUUGACAGGUGGCGGGAGGGAGGCAUGGAGGGCAAGAAACUGCUGGGGCCAGGGGAGGGGAUCCCACCUGGAGAGCAGGAUUUUUUGGGGGGUGGGGAAAUAAGGGGGAAAAUGGGUCUUUGCUGUAACAUGAUGUUUAUUCUCGUGAUGUAUUUAACUGUAGAAGACAACAGAGGAUUGUCUGUUUGGUUAUACGAGAAAAACUUGAAUACAAAUACCAAAACAUUCGUUGACGAACAUUUAAGAGAAAUCUUGUAAUGGAAAAGACUUACAUUUAUGGAGAAAAAAAAUUGUAGUAAUCUUUAACUUGGGAGAAUGUAUUUGUCUGUGCUGUGUAAAUAUUAACAUGCUGAUAUAUAUGAUUAUAUGUACACAGUUGAAUAAUUGUGCCCUCCAUAUAAGUUGUUAUACAACAAAUGUUGAGCACAGAGUUAUUCAAUUGCAUUAACUUUGGUUCUGUUUAGGAGCUCACAUAGUUUGGCCCUUGCCCAUCAUUUCCCUUAAAUCACUCAUACCACCAUAGUAUUUUUAUUUGUUCAUCUCAAAGUCUAUGAACAGCUUUUUUUAAAUUUGUCAUUAUUGUCUUUUAUUUGAUCAGCAACAAUAACUGGAUUUAAGAAACGUGGGUAAAGGCUGCAAACAGAUAUAAUAGAAAAUAUGGAAAGUACAGAAUUAUCAGCAUAAGUAGGGAGCAGAAAAAGAGUAAUAUAUAGUAGAUGAAAGAAAAUAGAAGAUAGCAGAGGGUUGUUUCAGCUUUAUGUUUUUAUAUAUAUUUUUCCAUCAAAUAUUGCUGUCAAGCAAGGACGAUCUCUUGAGAGACACAGAAUAUUUUAAAUUCCUGACGUAGAAAAUCAGAACUUGCAUAGGGUUAAGAAAAUUAGUGAGCAUGGUAGCAUCAUCUCUUAUUUGCUGUGCUGUUUCUGAAACUGCUAUAGUGUGCUAUCAGUAUGAAAAUUGUGAAUCAGGGCCGUGGAUACUAAGUUUUAGCAAUGUGUGUUUGUUUAAUUGUUUGGAUUUUGUGUAACGGCAUCGAAAACAAAAUGUUGUCAAUGAACCUCGUCCUGUUUUGAUCGCCUUUUAUGUGGUCCAGAAAGUUGUCAGACAGAGUCAUAUAGUUUUUUAAACUAGUGUUUCUAUCACAGUGACGUACAUACUCACGCUAACAAGAACUGUAUUAGGUAAAUGACACUUUAAAGAAGUUAGUUACGCCAUGGUAAACACUUCAAUAUGAGGCCGUCUGAACAAUAUGUCUCCAUAUAUACUUCUCCUGCGUCCUCAAUCUUAAUUUAUCUUCUGAAGGCAAUUAACUGCAUGCGUCCUUAUAUCCUAAAGCAUCCCUAAACACAAUUGAGAGGCUAUAGGGCUCAAGGCUGGUACAUUUGAUCCAGGUUAGUGGUUACUGCACAACACAUAUACAGUACGUACAGCGGCUCUGCUAUAAUCUAUUCAAAGCACAAAGUAAGUGCUGCAAUAAAUACGUCUUCACAGUAUAGAUACACCUGUCCCACUGCCAGGCCUCUGUUUUAGAUUUAUAAGAUCUUGUUUGCUCAAUGGUAAGAGCUGUUUCUUGCCUGGUAGGGUGGGGAAUUAACAUUUGAAAAUGUGAACCAGCUGCUGAAAGAAAAAUGUUUCAGAGUAAAUCAUUAUAUGUGUCUGAAAUCUACCAGCCACUUUCAUGUUUUACCAGCAUUUGGCUGGUGACUGGGGCUAAAUUUCCUACCCACAGUCCUCUUCAGGAUGGAAUGGUUUCCAACUCCAGUAUAUCAAUCCAUUGCACAGCCUUGGAUUCCCUCUUCUCAUUAAAAAAAACUAAAAAAUCUUUAAUUCGGACAAUGUAGAAGCACCUGGCUUUCUCUUUUACUAUCGACCCCUCUUCUCACCUCUGUUAAUUUUUCUCUCUCCUUCAUUGUAGCUCUUAUAAAUAUGCUGAAAUUAAAUAUACUCUGUUGUUAGUGGUGAAUGAUGUCUUGUGAUACUCUCUCUAAGCCUUUGGAUAGUGCUGUGUUUAUUGUGUAUGAUGUAUUCAUAUUAGCAUUUAUGAUAAUGAUAAGUCAGAGAAAAAAAAAUGAUCCAAGACUCUCCAGAAUUCUUCUGUAUUCUUAUUAUAUGGGAUCCAUGUGAAACUAAAUGAAAUAAACAUGAAAUUAUUCUGUUGAAGGUAAAAAAUA